CGGUGUUGAUCGCACGUCGGUACGUCGGUUACGCGUAAAUUCUUUCGAAAAUCUCUUAAAAUUUUCUUAAAUAAUAGUGGUAAAAUAAACAAAAAAAAAAUAUUCAAUUGUGCAAAAUGUGCCAGUAAAAAAUUAGUUUUAAAAAAUGUCUCCCGAAAAGGUUUGCAGGCCAAUCGCAAAUUAUUGAUAAUCAAAUUGGGGGAAUGAGUGGAGUGAAUUCAUGCGAAUGUAAAUGGGAAGAGGAAUAGUGGAAAGAGUAGAAAAAUAUUAAGAAGAAGCAGCAUAUGCAGCAACAAAAGCAAAGUGUGAGAUUGCGAAGAGAAGAAAUUUUAAAAUUCAUUUGCGAAGUGCACUAGCAAGAUAGCGCUAUGGAAUUAUAAUUGAACAAAAAAAUGCACGUUACGUGUAAAUUGCGUAAAUACGCUGUCUAAAGUCAUGCAUAACAGCAACAAAACGAAAAAAAUGAAAUAACCCAAUUGAGGUCAUACAUUACAAGGUGGUGUUGAAAUCGAAGUGUGUGUUGAAUGGAAAUUGUGCUUGGGUGCGGGCAUCAGCAGCAAAAGCAUAAAAAGUAUCGUUUGUUGUCCAACAGGAAAAAGCAAACAGCUGCUGCGCUGGUCAUUAGAGCAUAACGCUUGCAAAAGGCCAUAAUAGGAUUCGCUUUGCGCCCCUAGCGCACACAUUUGUCCUUGCACACGCAUACACAGCGCUAAUAAACGUACUCCCUGCAGUGGGCAGGUGUUAUCCUAGGUAAACUGCAUAAAUAAUUUAUUUGAGUGCUUCGCUGCGUGUUGUAAACUUCAAAAUACUUAAAUAUAAUUUAAUAACUACGCAUGCAUAAUUAAUGUUUCACUAUAUGUAUGUAUAUUCUUUUUUUUGGUUUUGGUCAAGUACAACAGAGUGUAACGAUUGCAAAGUGUAACGAUUGCAAGUUGGAAAAAAUUCUAUAAGCGUCCAGUGUAUAAAGUGUUAUCGCCAUUACGACACAAAAUGCAUUAAUCCAAGCUAUACUACCACAAAAAAAACCCUUUCAUCGCACUGCAGCUGUCAUAGAUAUUCAUUCAGAAAAAAAAAUUAUAAGCAGUCAGGUAGAUACAGCUUAAGAAACGUUCGUUUGACCUAGCAGUGAGUUCCAAUAGUGAUACGGUAUCUUGUGUAUGCAAUUAGCGUAGACAAUUUUUAAGUACAUAUGUAUAUGUACACACAUUCAUACAUCUGUAUUUCGCAUACGAACCUACAAGGAAUACUCGGAAAAUUCCAUUUUAACACUAAAAUUUACAACAAGACCAACAAACACGAGCUAGCUACUUCAGCCCCAAAGUCAAAAGCGUAAAAGCGUGAAAAUCGAAAGAGCGAAGCCCAACAGCGGUAUAGGCACACAGAGUGAGCUCCACCACAGCCGCAACAUUUUUUUUGAGUGUGUGUGCUCCAUUCACCUACUUUCGGGCCUGUUGUUGCUGUUGUCAGUUGGAGUGCCUCCCCGGCUCCCACAACCAACGCCUGUAUUGUUGCCAUCAACCCAAAAGCUUCCAAUAAGAAGCGUUGUUGUCGCGCGUUUCGUGGCUCUCCGUGUUUCCUAUCGUCGUAUUCAUCAUCGGUACGGCUCUCGCGUGUGUGCGUUUCGUUAACUCUCGCUGGUAUUCUACUCUUCAGCCACUUGUCCGCUGCUGGAACAAAUCAACAAAAAACUUAAUUGAAUCAAAUAAAGUGAAUAUAAAUCGUUUACGCACAUCCAAAUCAGUGAUAAAUAAUAAAUAUUAUCCGAGAAAUUUAAACGAGUGUUAAAUUAAAAAUAUUUGAAAAAGUCGCCAGUUAUAUACAAGUGUUUUCCUGGCAGAGCAAAUUUUUUGUGCGGCUCCACUUUUGAAGGUGUCGUCUAUCGGGUGUGAGAAUCGUUUUCAUGUUUUAAUUCUCUACUGUUGAAAAUUUUUUAUUGAUCGCCGAUGACAAAGAUAUGUAUUGUGAUAGUGCGUUCAUUUGCGAAAGUCGUGUAAAUCUGCCUGCCGAUUGUUGUCGUCUCUGCCGCUUCACCCAAAACCCCUUGUUCAAAAUGCCCAUGUUGUUGGAAUAUGAAGCGAUUGCCGAGUGAAUCGAAACAAUUAUUGCAUAAACAGAACACCUUUCGUUUGGUCUUAUUUAAACGGUAAUUUCCGCGAACGUAGAAUGGCUGCCGCGAGUGCUGGCCAACAAUUACAUCAGCAACAACACCAUCAACAACAGCAACAACCACAGCAGGAAUUAAAUGUGAUUGCGCUGCGUCAGCCUUUUCAGCAAUCAAUGAAACAUCAUCAACAACAACACCAACAAAAUGCACUGACGUUGCAACAACAACAACAAGCAUUGCCGACGCAGUUGCAACAACAGCAGCAGCACAAUCAACAAGAACAGCAAAUGCAGCAACAUAUACAAUUGCAAUUGCAGCACAUGAAUAAUGGUCAACAGCAAUUGCUGCAACAGCAGCAGCAACUACAGCUACAACACCAUACACAACAGCCAACGUCACAGCAACUACGCGCCACAAAAUAUACCACGCGUGUUGCUUCCAAUGCGCAAAUGUUUGCUCAACAACAACAAAUACAGCAGCAGCAGCAGCAACAACAGCAACAGCAGCAACAGCAGCUACAACGACAGCAGCAACAGCAACAGCUGCAAGCUUUACCAGCUGGUAUGGUAAAUGGCGGACCAACACUUGCUGCUGGCAAUAGUGCAACACGCGGCGGCCAACAGAUAAAUUCUUAUCAGCCGCAGCCGCAGCAGCACCAGCACAAUACUGCAGCAAUGCAGCAACAUCACCAGCCGCAGUUGCAACAGCAGCAGCAACAACACCAGCAGCAUUUGCAACCGCAACAGCAACAGCAACAACAACAACAGCAACAUUUGCAGCUACAGCAACAGCAACAUUCGGUGAAAAUGAUGAAUCAUAAUGUGGUGGUGGCGCCACCUACAAUCGCCUCGCGUCAGCACGUCGCUAUGAGCAAUGCCGCGGCCUCUGCUGCUGUUGCUCUCUCCGCCACAAAUAAUGUGAGCGUUGGUGCUGCAGCUGCUGCCACCACGGCAACCCCAACGACCUCUACAGUUGCGCAACCGUGCACCGCCAGCAUAGCCAAUGCUAAUUUGGCACCCGGUUGGCGUAGACAAACCAGCAACAAUGAAAUCAUUUACAUAAGUCCAACCGGUGCAACGCUGCGUACACAAUACGAAAUAAAGGAUUAUUUAUUGUCACCGGGUACCUGUAAGUGUGGUCUACCAUGCCCAUUGCGACCGGAGUAUUUCUUCGAUUUCAAUGCUCAGGUAAUUGGCAACUCGAUUGACUUUCGUGAAGAAAAUGAAAGCGUCUACGGGACUAUAAAGAAUCAAACAAUAAAACCAAGCAUGGCCUUCGAUUCAGAAGUUCCUAAUAUGCCACUGAAAAUGCCAACGCAUGACGAAAAUGGCGGCUCCACUAACACAACCACCACAAAUACAAACGCAAAUGCCACUACACCCGCCUCAACGACGAAUACAUUUCGUUCGACGCCAACAUCUGUUGCUACAAGCACAGCGAUGGCGUCUGGUGGGACAACUGCGUUGACGUUAGCUGCCGCGCCCUCAUCGUCCUUGUCGCCAUCGCCGUCGCCAUCUUCGUCGUCCUCGUCGUCGUUGUCAUCAUCGUCAUCAUCGUCGUCGUUGACGUUGGGGUCGUUGUCGUCAUCCUUGGCAUGUUUGCAUCAGCAACGUUUUCUCGAUUCGCGGCAAUUACAUGCACAACCGGUGGAUGUGUCGUCGUUGGCGCUAACAAAAGUGCAACAACAAGCUAGUCAAAAUACUAAUAAAAUGUUGCCACCUGCUCAGGUGUACUAUCAGCAGCAACAGCAACAACAACAACAGCAAAAUGUGAUAAAGAAUGUGACAAACAAUGCAGGCAUCAAAAUAAUCCAACAACAGCAGCAGCAGCAACUGUCCAAUCCACUUGCUGUAGACAACAAAAUGUGGCGCAAAGAUGCCGAACGUGUGCCACCUCUGCCACAAGCGGUUACUACCACAACAGCAUCAAUAACCACAAUUGCCGGUGAGGAUAACAAUGUGGCAACACCCACUUGGACGACGGCAAGCAGCGGCGGUGGAAUGAGCCAUCAACAAAGCACCACGCGCUACGUGAAACGUUCACUAUCCUCGCCAGUGAAGAAGCAGCAACCAAAUUUCAAGGAUGAUCCCACUGGUUACUUGCAACAACAGACAGCGCUGCUACACAGCUCAAUGAUGAAUGUCGCCAUGGGCGAGGAAGAUGAUGAAGACGAAGACGAAGAAGAAGAGGACGCGCUAGAGGCAGAAGAAGCGUGUGCAGAGGAUGACACAGAGAUGGCUGAGGAUGCGGACGAUUCAGAGGACUUAGACGAAUACGAAAGUGUGGCUGAAGAAGAUAAGGAGAUUAAGCUGAAUCGUGCUGAAAGUAAUAAUAACAAUAACGAUGGACAUGGCAACGUGGAUGCAACUGUGCAGCUAAAUGUGCAACAUAUGCAGCAAGAGGCGGUGGGCACUUCGGGUGGCGAAAAGAAACCGCAGACCACUUAUGCCACCACCAAAAAGGUUUAUGUGCAGAAUGGUGUAGCACACUAUCAGCAGCAGACACUGCAGCAACAACAAGAGCAGCAAGUUAGUGCCCAACAGGAAAACGCAUUUUACCGACCACAACAACAGCAACAACGUAAGACACAACAAACAUCAACACAGCAGCAACAAAUCAUUGUGUCAGCUAGUCAGAUGCAGAUGCAACAACAGCAGCAGCAACAUCAACAACAACAAAUCAAACAAAUGCCAAUAGUUUCUAUAAAUGGUCAGCUCCUGGUGCCAACUUCAAUGGCAUCUGACGGUGGCGCGAAUUUCACGCUCACUUUGAAGCCUCAACAACAACAGCAGCAGCAGCAGCAUUCACAACAAAUACAACUAAUGCAACAACAAAACGUCCUAUUUAGACCACAGCAGUCACAACAGCAGCAGCACCACCAACAGACGCAGAAACCGAAUGUCGUGCCAACUGCUCAAGAAUCACCAGUCUCCUCAAGCACCGCCUUUGUACGCUCAACGCCCGAGUCGCAGCGUCAUACGCCACGACCGGAACAGGUUGGCGCUAUUUCAACCAGCAAUGAGAGUCCUCUACCAUGUCCCUCACCUGCUGACUCAGUAGAAUCGGGAAGUUCGCGUGGGUCUUCAACUAAGGCCACUGCAUCGCCAUCACCAAUGCAACAGCAGCAACAAAAACAACAGCCAUCACAGCACGUUUCGCAAGUUAGUGGAAACCACGUCGUGCAAAUGCGCGUGCAACAGCAGCAGCCACAGCUGCAUCAACAGCAACAGCAGACGACACAGCAGAUACGCAUUAUACGUCAACCACCACAACAACAACAACAACAACAACAACAACAACAGCAGCAGCAACAACAGCAACAGCAGCCACAACGUUUCGCUCUCGCACGCAAUACGUUCACAUCGUUGGCUGGCAGCCGUGCAAUAACGACUACAACCGCCACGACUACUACAGCGGCAGCAACUGCCGCCGCCGCCCCCGUCACAGCUAGCCAACAGCACUUGGAGACGCUUGCACCACCCCCACCACAAUCGCAAAGACUGCAAGCGACAUUGCAAAAGGCUACGCCAAGCAACACCAUUCCGCUACAGUUGCCCAGCAGCCAGAUUAUAAUGACGUCCACAGGGCAGCUAAUUGUGAUGCCGACCAACGGUAAGCCGGCAGGGCAAUUGCAACAGCAGCAAGCGCAGAAUCAGCAGCAAUUACUAAUAACUACAACUGCCAACAACGGUGCAGCAGGCAGUGGCGCUGGGCAAGCGGCGACAGGAAAUGUAAUCAUUCAACACCAGCAUCACCCUCAGAAUCAGCUGGAUGUGCUGGGCGGUCACCAGCAGCUGACGACCGCAAAUGGCAGCAUCAUACUACAAAAUGGACAACAACAUCAUCAGCACCAAGGCGGCUAUAUUGUGGGGCAGGCUUCCACAGCUGGCGCCACCACCACCACUGCACAGCUACAGCCGGCCACAGUCAUACUCAAUUCGGGCGGUCAAAAUAUACUGACCACAAGUAAUGGCACCAAGGUGGCACUGGCGACAACCGCCAACACCGGCAACAUUAUUCACGCUGGCGGUCAGCAGCUAAUUGCAGGCAAUCAACUGCUGACCACCGCACAGAAUGCAGCCACAGCGGCCACCACCGGUCUGUUACAUGGCCAACAAGCAGUUGUGCUGAAUACGCUGCCCAAUGGCGGCUACGUCAUACAACAGCAGCAACAGCCUGCCGCACAACAGCAAUACGCCACACUGGAUGGCCAGGUGGUUAGCCAGAUCGUGCAACAAGCCGAUGGCACUACUGCCUACGUACAGCAAACGCAACAGCAACACCAGCAACAGAGUCCACAGCAGCAGACGCAACGCAUCAUUAUCACUUCGCCAGAUGUGAAGAGGCGCGCAAAAAAGCGUAAGAGCUCCAGUGGCAGCGGCUCGCCCACCAGCACGCCCACUACCAGCCUCUCGCCACAAAUAUCCCCUACGAUUCCCAAUCAAACAGCCAUUAUACAGCAGCAAGUAGCUGCCGCCGCCGCCGCAGCUGCUUCGGCUGUUGCCGUGCAGCAGCAGCAGCAGCCGCCACCACCGCAGGCACAGGUUGUACAAAUCGCUUCAGCCGCCCCACCACAAUAUCAGCAACAAUUCCAACUUAGUCCUGGCAUACAGGGCAUUAUGGUCAAUAAGCCAGCGACUGCUACGGCCACGCAGCCACAGCAAAUCAUCUUGCAAAAUGGUCAAAUAAUACAGCCAAUGAAUCUCAUUGGACAGCAAUUAAUUGUGCCCACUGGGCUGGUGAUGGCACCCGAUACCACACUGCUGCAGAUUCAGAAUGUGGGGACUUGCGGGCCGAGCAUACUCACCACCACGCCACAGGGCACAACUAUGAUGUUGCGCACACCCUCGCCCCAAAACAAGCAGUUCAUCUCGCCCACAGCCGCUGGGCAGCAAUUUAUUGUUGGCAGCAAUGGACAAUUGAGUCCGAUUGGACAAAUUUAUUCGACACCAAUGGGUUUGGUUAUGCCGACGGCACAACAACAACCCGGCACGACCACGUACGUGCAGCAAAACGCGACCAUACAAGUGCAACAACAUCCGCAAGCACAACAACAGCAACAGCAGCAACAGUCACAACCGCAGGUGCAGCAGCAGCACGUGCCAGUACAGCAACAACAACAGCAGCAGCAACAAAGCCAACACCAUCAGCAUGUUGCCAUACAGCCAGCAACUGCCGCCAUGCAACAGCAGCCACAACAACAACAACAACAACAGCAUGGCACUAUGCUGAGCUCGGAGCAAAUUGUUAUGGAAUCGGCAACAUCAUCAUCCUCAACAAGCACUUCGUUAAGCCGUAGUGGUCAACGUUCGGCUGCAGCCAGUCCACCGGAUACUACUACACACAGUCCACGUAGCCCAGAGCGACCGCCAAGUCAUCGUAGCGGUGGCAGUGAUAUGGUGCAAUGUGUAUCCAGCUCGGAACCUGAUGGUGCCGCUUCACCGCUAAGUGCAGACAGUCGUCAAUCACCAUCGACUACGGACGCUGAGAAAGGACUCGGCAUGUCAAGCGCAUAUCAAACCACAAAUAUUUACAAACCAUCGGAAGCAAAGAUACGACGCGUGCAAACACCGCCACAGAGCGUUGGCGGCACAGGAGUCGGUGGAAUGAGCGCAGCCGCUGGAGGUGGAGGCAACAGCGGUAUGGGUUACACAAUUACCUCAGCCGCCACAUCUUCGGCUUUAGCCACAACGCUCCAACUGCAACAACAACAACAACAGCAGCACCACCACCACCACCACCACCAGCAACUACAUCAACGUCAACAGCAGCAGCAGCAGCAUCAGCAACAACAACAACAAAUGCAGCAACAUCACUUGCUACAGCAGGAUAUUUUAAUGAAACCCGAUUCGCAUGAGUCACCAAGAAAUUCGCCAACAACAACUACUAUAGCAACAACGCCACCACCACCACCACCACCACCACCGCCGCCGACACAAUUGUUGACGCCAACACCAGCAACAACACCAACUAUUGCACAAGCAUCAGCUAACCACCAGACAUGCCAUAAGUCCACACAAAAAUCGCCAAACAAAUUGCUACGCGCUCGUACCACACGUGCUGCCCGUACGAUUCCCAAUGGGGGUGCAGAAUUGGCCGAUAGCACCGCAGUGGUGGUUGCGUCAACACUCACAACAACUCCUUCGUCUGCAUCAACGGUCGCACAUGCUUUCUCGAUUGGUGAAUUGAUUUGGGGCCCAUCGCGCGGUUAUCCCGCCUGGCCGGGUAAAGUUGUGCAGGUGGAAAUUGAUGAGCAACCGCAAACCACAAAUGGUGAACCUGCAGUUUGGGUGCAAUGGUUUAGUGGUGGUGGACGUAUCAUAACCGAACUUAUAGCGAUCACUUCGCUGCAUAGUCUUUCUGAUGGCUUGGAGGCGCAUCAUAAGGCGCAAAAGGAUACUAGAAAGAGCCGAAAAUUGAAUUCACAACUCGAACGCGCCAUUCAAGAAGCAAUGACCGAAUUGGAUCGUAUUUCAGCUACUUCAACAACAACAAUUGUCGGUGCAACUGCAGCCAAACAACAACAGCUGCAGCAAGCCACAGCAACAACCACACUCAACAACAACAACAACAACAACAACAAUUCGACUAGUCCAAAUCGCAAUAAGCGGCUCAGCAACAUCACACAGCGCAACAGCAACAACACCACCACCAGCAAUAUUGGCGCCGCUACAACUACCGGCGGUUAUGCAAUCGUACCAACAUCUGGUGGACCCACACAUGCCAUAUCUACAACCAGUGCGCAUAAUAGCUUCAGCACACCGCCAACCACAGCUACAGCACCACGCAGCAAGCCAAUACGUAUAGCACCAGCGCCGGCACCAACAAGCGGCUCGUCCAACAAAAAUACAACUGCUGCAACAACAACAACAACAACAGCCACAGCAACUGUAGCGCUAAGCCAAGCACAGGCACAGCAGGCCACUACGCAACAACUCACGGCGCUGGGUAAAUGACACGGGGAGUCCUGCGCGCAGGUCUCAUGGUCCAUGCAAACCUACACGCUAGUCAUACACAAUAAGUAGUCUGAAGCGAAGACGACUCGUGUAGGUGUGACUAAAGAAGCGACGCUAUGAGUCGGAAAAUAUGUAUGUAUGUAUGUACAUGCGUAUGUGAAGAUUGCUGGAAAAGUGAUAUGGAAGAGACUAUCUAAAGGAUGAAAGUGAAAGCAACGCAAUGCCAAGGAUCCUUGCAUACGGCGUGGGAGAGCUAGAAGUUGCGUGCGAGCGUUCAUGAGUAUGGGAGAAGGUGAUGUGGUAAUCUAUAGCUGUUGUGAAUUUUUACGUUGUUAAAGGAAUUGAAAAAAGCAUUGUGGUUGAUGUUUGGUAAUACAAACAUAUGUAUGUACAUAUACAUAUAUAUGUAUAUAGAAUAGAUCGAGAAAUACAUCAACACUAAUAAAUAUAUUUCAACAAAAAUGCAUUUGAACAUUGUACAUGUACAUAUGUACAUAUAUGUAGUAAUACAUAUAAAAAAAAAAUAUUUAUGCAAAUAUAUUUCCAAAAGUACCAGUAAAUAUGCUUGUAUCUAUGCAGUCCUAUAUAUACAUAUAUAAUCUAGUUAUAACACAAGCUGCUAGUAUGAAAAUAAGCGUACCUACAGUUGAAAUGAAAAUAUUUAUUUUCAAAAAAACUCGAGUUAAUUUUGUUUUUAUUUAUUUUUUACUCUAUUUUUUAACAGACAGCAUUAGCUUGGAGACAAUUUAUAAACUUAAAACUAUACUUUAUUCAAAAAAUAUAUAAACAUUAUGAAAAUACGCUUUAUGUAUUUGUAAAAUUUAGUUGUUGCAACAAAUUUCGUUAAAAUUUCUUAUAGUUGUAUGUAUAUAGGGUAAGAAAACUCAAAAUGUGUGUUUCUUUAAGAACAUAAAAAAAUAAAUAAUAAUAAUAAUAAUGCAAAAUUAUGUAAUUAUCAUGAAAGUCUUUCAAAUAUUUUAUACGUGGUAAUUGUACAAGAAUUAAUAAAAAUAAAAUAUGAUUAACUUUGUUGGUAAUUGAUUUAAGCUUUUAAGAUACAUAUAAAACAAGCAACAUAGUACUGACAAGUGAAAGCCGUUUGAAAUUAUUAUGUAAACACACAUAAUACCAAAUGGUAUAAAAAGAAAAACUUUUGUUUAGGCUACAAAAAUACAUGCAUAAAAAGAUAUAAAAAAAUUUGCUUUCAACAAAUGUAUUCAGCGCUAGAUACAUUUUUUCGAUAUUGCUUAUGACAAAAAUCAAAUACAAAUAUGUAUAUUCUUUAUUUUCACCUGCAAUAGAAUUUUAUUUAACGCUAAUAGACAAUAAAAAUAAAUACAACUUAAAGAAAAAAGUUUAGUGUGUAAUUAUAUGUAAACUACGCUUUGGCACAGCGUAUAUUUUUAAACACUAAACAGACACAUAAAUACGUAAGUAACGCAUAUUUACUUUAAUUCGUAAGCUAAAAAUGCUUUACAAUCAAUCGUCGAUGUUUUUGCAAAACCGCCCAUCGACCAAUUGCAAAACCGCCUAUCUAAAGGCACUCAAAUUUUACAGCAGAGCGAAAAAGCGGGUUUUCUUUGAAGACAUUGCCUUGAUAGGCGGUAUUUUCUCUGGCUAUUCUUUGAAAAAUCUGUUUUUUUAAUAACGAUUUGGCGCUUUUUAUGCAUAAAUCUCGAUGCCCAGAGUUCAGGGUUAUCAUACCUCAUUUUUGCCACAACGGCGAUUUAGGCGGUUUUGCGACUGGCCGAUGGGCGGUUUCGCAAAAAUAUCGACGAUAUGUAUGUGCAUGCAUAUUUUAGUUUUCACAAUUACUGUUUGUUUAUACAUAAUUAUAAAUUGUUUUUGUUGCAUUUUAUUAUUUAGUUUUACAAAAAAAAACAAAACAGAUUUUUAGCGAUUAGCCAUGGAAGACGCUUAGAAUUGUAAGUUAGUAAUUGUAACAGAUAAAAAGGACAUAUUUGCAAAAAAAAAAA